CUCCUGUGUGCCGUAGUUUCUCGUAGUUCGUGUAAAAAUGGCUGCCUCCUGUAUGCGGGCCACGGUGUUGUCCUUCGGGAGAUCAAACGGACAAUGCUUAGGAAAUAAUGCCCGUAGCUUACUUGGCAUCAGAGCUGGCUAUUCAACAGCGUUAUCUAUAAACAAUGGCAAAGGUUUCCCAGACCGAGGCGGCAGAAUGCCCAGAAGGGCGAAGCGGGAGUCGGGAGAGCCCAGGUCAGAGAAGAUGGCUGAAAACCAAGACUGGACAGCCGUGUACCCAGCAGCAGCGGUGUUCAAACCUUCAGCGGUGCCCUUACCUGUGAGGAUGGGGUACCCAGUGAAGAGAGGAGUACCUCCCCAGAAGAAUGGCAAUCUGGAACUGAUGAAGAUCCCCAACUUCUUACACCUCACGCCUGCUGCCAUUAAGAAACACUGUGAGGCAUUAAAACCCUUCUGCACAGACUGGCCGUCCGGCUUGGACUCUGAUGCUGCGUGUGAGAAGCAUUUCCCCAUUAAAGUGGAGAGCAAAGAGUUUGUGUCCGCCGGCACGUCACUGAGAAAUCCAAAAGCCAGAGUCGUCACACUCACCGUGAAGCUGUCUAGUCUGAAUUUAGAUGAGCAUGCCAGGAAGAAGAUGAUCAAGCUGGUGAGAGACCGUUACUGUAAGGAGACGGACACACUCACCAUCCACACUGACUGUUGCCCAUUGAGACAGCAGAACUAUGACUAUGCGAUGUACCUCUUGACUGUCCUCUAUCAUGAGUCAUGGAAAACGGAGGGCUGGGAAGCUGAGAAGACUCGUGAGGACAUGGAGGAGUACCACUGGGAGGGGAGCGUCUCCCAGAGGAACGCGCUGGACACGCUGCUGCGUAUGCGGGUGGCGUCCGAGGAGGAGGAGGACCCGGGCGCCGUGCGGGAGGAGCUACUAGGACAGCCGGCCGUGCAGGAGUACAAAGACUCGGUCACGCGCCUCAAGAACGAGGGAGAGACGGAAGACGCCAUGCUGCAGUACCGCCAGGCGGUCAAGAAACUUCUAAACAUCUGAAGGGAAGAAUGAGGAUGUGAUUUGAUGCCAGACAGCAGAGUGGGACCGUGUUGGUGUUGUUGAAGCUUUUAGAGCUUGAACUGUGUCACACAAUAAUGACUAAGUCACACUCGCCCUGCUCACCGCCUCCCAUUCCAACAAAACUUCCUCUAAGAACAUAGCUGUGGUCACCAUUUCUGGACUGAAAAUAUCCAGCAGUUACAGAAUAAAUGCAACUCAACUUCUUCAUACUGAAACAUUUCUGUAUUUAAAAUAAAUGUAUUGUAAACCUAC